CUGUCUGUCUGUCAGUGAAGACGCUGCAUGAGACUCUGUCUGACUCUCUUCUGCUGGGAUUGGACUCUUCUGGAAACUGGACUUCAGAGAAAUGAUGCUGAUCUUUGGACUGAUGCUGCUGCUGCAAACUGCUGCAUGUCUGGAUCAGUUCUGCAGUUUUGGUCAAUCUGAACACUGUCAUGCAGCUCUGGGACACAAACUCAAUCUGCUGAUGGUGCGGGAUGCUAGAGAAUAUGAUCUGAGGUUACGUCACAGAAUAAAUAACACGCAAGAUGAUCCAGUUUGUAGAGUAAAAUAUGGCAGGAUAAAGGAAUGUGAUCUUUAUAAUAACAGACCUGAAGUGAAUAUUAUUAAUGGGACUGUGAUAAUAAACUGUGUGAUCAGAGCAGAUUCUGGGAAUUACAUAUUAGCACUCACUGACUCAGACGGCACAGAAACAUCUAGAGAUCUUCAAGUGAUUGUUGAAGCUCCUAUUGGCUCAGUGGAAGUGUCAAUCAUCUGCUCCUCCAGUGGGGUGAUGAGGGUGUUCUGCUCCUCUGAGGGGGAUCAGCUCCACUACAGCUGGACUCUGAAUGGAGAUCCACUGAUGGAUGGAAACAGCAGCAUUGAUCUGGAUGAGGGAACUGAUGGAGACAUCAGCUGCAGCGUGAAGAACCACGUCAGUCAAGCACAGAAGAACAUUAGAGUCAAACCCUGUCCUGGACCAACUACUGCAGCUGUGACCUCUAGUUUGACCUCUAGUUUGACCUCUACGUCGACACAGACAUCAGAAUAUGUUUUAAAAUUCUCUCUGAUUGCUUUGGGCUGCGUUGCUCUGAUCCUGAUUCUGCUGUUCAUCACCAUAUGUUACAUUUACAAGAAGAAGCAGCUCAAGUGGAAACCAGCAGCUGCUGGAGAUACAGAGCUCAUAUACACUGAUAUCUCUCAUGAGAAAAAGAGUGAAAAGAAGAAUACAGGAUCUCUCGACUUUCAGCAUUCGGUUCCCUCUGUUGCCAUCUUAUCACAGACCCAAUUUUCCGUCCAACGAAUUCCUAUACCGUGGAUUUUUCAGAUCUGCUGCAUUUGCCAGCCCCAUGAUAACUCCUACCCCGCCAAACACGGCCGCCGAGCACCAGGCUUUAUCGCUAUAGCUGCUCUUCUCAACCAGCCACACGCUGUGGCCAAUAGACCGUGCAAAGCCUGCAUUUGCCCCUCACCUCGCACAGCAGCACACACACAUUGUCCCACUCAAAGACCCGGCUCUCCUCGAGUGCUGGAUCGCGGCAGCAGCAGGCAUUCAACGAGCUUGGGUCACACCUGA